UAGCUCGCCCUGUACCAUUGCGAGACUGUUCGCGACGUACGAAGACCCGAGCCGCCCACAGCUCGAUAAUGGCGAGGUGAGGUGGAAGGAUGGACCACAGACUCAUGGUGAACCAAGGAGUCCGUACGUGUCAGACGUGUGUUGGCUUCCGAAAGGAGCUGUAUGAGACGACUGCAGUUGGAUACUCAUGUUACAUGCACCUGGUCAUCAUCUUGAUGUUGGCGACGCGAUUCUACGCCACAAGUGAAAGACGCCACAGUGACGUCGGCCUGUGCAACGAUGAAGCUCGACAGCGCGAAGGAGGGGCGAUUUGUUUGGUGAUCGUAAUCAACAACCCAUCACACUUUAUCUUCUCCCAGCGUCUGCGGCCUAGUGUUGACGCAAAGCCUACACCCAGCUUGUCCCUAGAGCACUGCGGAAUACAGCCUGUGUAUAGCAGCGACGAACGUUCAAAAGCAGUUUGAGGUCCCCACGAACGACAGCAAAUAAGACACCAUGGCCGAGCAAGAGGGCGCUGCUGUGCCGGCGCAGAGCAAAGGCUCAUGGUCGUCGUUUUUGAAGUCGAUAGCGACGUUUAAUGGCGACCUGUCGACGAUGACCGCUCCUGCCUUUAUCCUUUCAACAACAUCUCUCACCGAGUUCUCUGCAUACUGGGCGGAGAUGCCCCGUCUACUCGUUGCACCUGCCAAGGAGCCUGACCCGCAGAAGCGGGCAAUGCUGGUCUUGAAGUGGUUUUUGAGCACAUUGAAGCAGCAGUACGCGAGCAGAAACGAGAAGCUCGGAAGUGAGAAGAAGCCACUCAAUCCGUUCCUUGGCGAGCUGUUCCUUGGCAAAUGGGAAGAUGAGGAAGGCACGACUCAGCUUGUGAGCGAGCAAGUCUCGCAUCACCCUCCUGUGACCGCGUACAGCAUCUGGAACAAUAAGAAUGGCGUCAGAUUGGAAGGCUACAAUGCCCAGAAGGCCUCCUUCAGCCGGACGAUUAACGUUCGUCAAGUCGGCCACGCCAUCCUGCAUAUCGAUAAGUACGAUGAGGAUUAUGUGAUCACGCUGCCGGCUCUACACAUUGAAGGUCUCAUUACAGGCUCACCUUACGUGGAGCUCAACAAGAGCACCUACAUCGUCGGCUCCAAUGGCUUCACCUCGCGGAUAGACUACUCUGGGAAGGGUUGGGUUUCAGGCACGAAGAACAGCUUGUCAGCAGUGAUGUAUCCUCACGGCAAGGAGAAGGAUAAGAAUGCCGUACUCUAUACGGCAGAAGGUUCGUGGACAGAUUCCUUCACCAUCAAGGACGCGAAGAAAAACACCGUCGAGACCUACAAUGCGAAGAAGGAACCGAAGACGCCGCUGAAGGUGGCGCCAAUCGAAGAACAGGAUCCGCUUGAGACGCGUCGCGCGUGGAAGAAGGUGGCUGAAGCGAUUCAGAAGGGAGAUAUGAACGCCACUGCCCACGAGAAAACCCUUAUUGAAGAGCACCAGCGCGCGUUGCGGAAGAGGGAAGCAGGCGACAAGCGUGAGUGGGAGAGACGCUUCUUUACCCGUGCGCAGAAACUUCCGGUCUUCGACAAGCUCAUCAAGGAGGUUCCUUACGGCAGCUUGGAGGCGGACCAGACGAACGGUAUCUGGGUGUUCGACAAGGACAAGGCGCUGAAUGCUAAGCCGCCAUUCUCUGCCCUUAGUGAGGAGCUGAAGGGCGGGUGGAAAUGA